AUGUUGGGACCAUAUGAUGUAGAGAUCCAUACCGUGAUGUCUAAAGACUGGUGGUAUAAAGAUAAAUCAAUGUUGGGAAAAGAUCGGUCAGACACAGUUUUCCCUGCCAGUCAGACGACUAUAGCUUGCAAGACUUCGA